GGGGGCGUUCAUCCACCAUGAUACCCAACCUAUACGAUAACCGUCGCCAUGUCCACCCAGUCUCGCCCUUUUCAGGUGCUGUCGGACGAUAAUCAUGGAGUGUUGAUCACCAUUGUCUCGGUGUCUUUCCUGAUUGCGACCAUCAUCUUUGUGGCCGCCAAGUUUGGGUCGGUCGUUUACUUCAAGCAAAGACGGACGGCCGUCAACACGCCCAUAUGGGUGGCUCUGACACUAGUCAUAGUGGAAGUCGUAGUGGUGCAAAAGGGCGUUGAUCAUGGAGUGGGAAGACACGGCGACACGCUGUCUACGGAGGCCAUCCAUACUGCCAGCAAGUUCAUAUACGCAGCUCAGCUCAUCCAGAUCGUCAUUCUCUCGCUGUCGCAGGUGUCUACCAUCCUGCUGGUCUGGAAACUGACCCCCGAUCGUGCCCUUCGACAAGCAUGCACAGUCACCGCUGGCUUGAGCGUGGGCUGGACUGUCUUCGCCAUCCUUGGAACGGCCUUUCAGUGCCAGAUGCCCGAGCCCUGGUCGUAUAGUCCGGAGAGAUGCGCCGGAGAGGGCGCCAUCAUGUACCCGAUCUGGGCCAUCCACAUCCUGACCGAGUUUGCCAUCAUCGCGAUUCCCUUCUUCAUGAUGCGCAAUGUGCAGAUGGUGCUGACCAAACGGAUCAAGAUCCUGUGCGCUUUUUUUGCGCGAUCGCUAGUGGUUGCCCUCUCCGUUGUCCGACUGUGUCUCCUCCCAACAUAUCUUGGCUCCUCUGAUCAAACCUGGGACGUCGUCAACCCCACCAUCCUCGGCCAAGCCAUGAUCUGCACGACCGUCACGAUCGCCUGCCUCCCCACGCUCUACCACAUCCUCGCGGGCCUCAACUCGGGCCUGAUGAACACACGCCUCCCCGACGAAGUCGAGUUGCGUUCCCCCACAAAAUACAUCAGCCAGAGCGCGGACAGCCGCAGCGAGAGCCGCCGCGGCGAUCGCCCGGAAUACUUCCGGGGCGGCGAUCCGGCACAGUACGGGGCGGUCCGGACCAACAUUACAACCAUGGGACGGAGGCAGUCCAGCGACAGUGGGAAAGGGAGCACGAGACAAUUGACACGGGUCAUGAAGACAGUGGAUAUCACGGUCGAAGUCGAGGGGGGAGAACGCCGUUGAUGUCGCCUUGACUGGGUUCGGACGCGCAUGGCAUGCCUCGGUAUCGUAUGGUUACCUACAUACUAUACCCAGGUAGUUUAGUACAUUAAAGUAUAGGUAUAAUAUAGGAUAGUGUUAAUGCGACCAGGAA